AUGGAGUCCAGGGGUGAGCAGCCUCUACGAGAGCUCUCCCCAGAAGAGUCCUUACCCAAGGACUCGGGCCUCGAGGCGGCUCCCAGAAUGCACACUCUCUAUGUGGGCCAUCUGAACCCCCAGUUCUCAGUGCCCGUGCUCACGUGCCUACUGCGGGACACCUUGGAGCGGCUUGAGCUGCCAGUGGCGCGGGAGCACAUCGAGGUGGUGAGGAGGCCGCGCAAGGCCUACGCACUGGUGCAGGUGGCCACCCACAAGGCCACCCUGGCCUCCCUCCCCUGGCGCCUGCAGAUGGCCUCGGAGGAGCACCUAAUCCUCAAGGAGCUGGCAGCGCAUGGGAAGGAGCUGGUGCUGGGCGAGGGCCGGGAGCCCUUAAACCGCAGAGAGGAGCAGGAGGAGGACAGUGGCCUGAGUCCAGGCCCAAGCCCCAGCCCCAGCCCCAGCCCCAGCCCAGGCUCCGACCUCCCAAUGCCUGCCUGGCCUACAGCCACGUUGCCUAAGCGGCCCCAGGCCCGGCAGCAGCAGAGCUGCCACGGCCGGCCCAGCGGCGUGUGCUCCGACAGCGCCAUCAUGCACCAGGAGAUCCUGGGCCAGGAGCAGCUCUUCCAGGGCACCUUCCUGGGCAGUGAGACACGCAACAUGGAGUUCAAGCGGGGCGGCGGCGAGUACCUGAACCUGGCCUUCAAGCACCACGUGCGGCGCUACGUGUGCGCCUUCCUCAAUAGCGAGGGCGGCAGCCUGCUCGUGGGCGUCAAGGACAGCGGCCUGGUGCAGGGCAUCCGCUGCAGCCACCGCGAUGAGGACCGCACACGCCUGCUGGUGGACUCCAUCCUGCAGGGCUUCAAGCCCCAGGUCUUUCCUGACGCCUACACCCUCGCCUUCAUCCCUGUGGUCAGCACCUCCACGACCAGUGUGCCCCUCAAGGUGAUCCGCCUGACCGUGCACGCCCCCAAGGCCCAGGGCGAGCCGCAGCUCUACCAGACAGACCAGGGGGAGGUGUUCCUGCGGCGCGAGGGGAGCAUCCAGGGCCCGCUGUCCGCCAGCGCCAUCCAAGAGUGGUGCAGGCAGAAGUGGAUGGCGGAGCUGGGCAAGCUGGAGGAGAAGGUGAAGGCGCUGACGGCGGAGAAGGAGCAGCUCCAGCAGCAGCUGCAGCGGCACUGGCCCGUGUCCUGCACCUGCUGCGUCCUGUGA